AUGGGCAAAGUCAAGACACCCAAGCGCGGCGGCGCUUCGAGUUCCCCCUACGAGCGGCCGAACCAGUCCUCCAACAACAACAGCGGCGGCAGCAAGUCCGCCAAGAACAACGUCUUCAAGUUCAACACCAACUUUGGCCAGCACAUUCUCAAGAACCCGGGUGUCUCGGACGCCAUUGUCGAGAAAGCCUACCUCAAGCCGACCGACACGGUGCUCGAAGUCGGCCCCGGCACUGGCAACCUGACGAUACGCAUCCUGGAGCGGGCCAAAAAAUGCAUCUGCGUCGAGGUCGACCCGCGCAUGGCGGCCGAGGUGACAAAGCGCGUGCAAGGGACGCCCGAGCAGCGCAAGCUCGAGGUGCUCCUCGGCGACGUCAUCAAGACGGAGCUGCCCCCGUUUGACGUGUGCAUCUCCAACACGCCCUACCAGAUCUCGUCGCCGCUCGUCUUCAAGCUGCUGGCCAUGCCCAACCCGCCGCGCACGUCCAUCCUCAUGUUCCAGCGCGAGUUUGCGCUUCGCCUGACGGCCCGUCCCGGCGACACGCUCUACUGCCGACUGUCGGUGAAUGCGCAGUUUUGGGCGCGCAUCACGCACGUCAUGAAGGUGGGCAAGAACAACUUCCGCCCCCCGCCGCAGGUCGAGUCCUCGGUGGUGCGCAUCGAGCCCAAGGUCGGCAAGGACCGGCCCAAUGUCAGCUGGGACGAGUGGGACGGGCUGCUGCGCGUGUGCUUUGUGCGCAAGAACAAGACGCUCCGCGCCAGCUGGCUCGGCACCAAGGAGGUGCUGGCCAUGGUGGAGCGCAACUACCGCACGUGGUGCGCCAUGAAUGGCGUGGCCGUCGACGACAGUCUGGUCGAGGACGCGGCCGAAGAGGAGGAGGAGGAGGAGGAGGAUGUUGCCAUGGACGGCGGCGCGGACGACGACGGCGGCAUGGAUGUCGACGAGGAAGACGACGAUACCCCGGCCUUCUUCAAGGAGGUGGCCGCGAGCGCCGCCCCGGCCAAGACCAAGAGCAAGCGCAAAAAGACAAAGGUGGCGGAGCUGGUCCGUGAAAAGAUUCGCAAGGUCCUCGAGGACGUGACGGAGCUCGCGGACAAGCGCGCAGGCAAGUGCGACGAGACGGACUUUUUGCAGCUGCUGUUUGCGUUUAACGAAGAGGGCAUUCACUUUUCAUAA